CUAGUUUAAAGCAGCCCUUUUGGGAAACUUCAAAACACUGUCCCUUGACAAUUCGGCUUUCGAUAACUUUGUACUCCCGUACGCCAACAAAAAUUUAUAAAAUCCUACGGAAUUCUUCAUUUCUGAUUUACUUUCGGACUCUACAAGAUGGCUGGAUUAGUAGCAAAGGCCAAAGUACUGGUCAACCAACUCGCUGUGGCUGCUAAACCGAAGUUUGAGGAAUUCUUGAAGUAUGCCAAAGUGGAGCUAACUCCACCGAUGCCAGCAGAUUUUCAGAAGCUGAAGAAAACUGCCGAGGCCACUGCCAAGGAGGCCAAAAAUGCCAAAGGACAAGGCAAAAAGCUCGGCGGCCUCGGCCAGGUUAAGGUUAGAGAUGCCUGGCUGAACAUCCUGGUCACCGUCGAAGUGAUCACCUGGUUCUACAUGGGCGAGGUCAUCGGACGCCGUCACUUUGUCGGCUACAAGGUCUAAAGACUGGUGUCGCGACUCUGUUUUCCUUAUUUUUGCGUUUUUGUAUGCAAAUAUUUGCAUUCAUAUAUUUUCUGUGACCAGGUGGUGCUGCAGCACCAACUAUAACUCUAUCAACUGAAUAAAGCGGUACACAGUUCAGCAUUACAA